AUGAACUCCGGAAUACAGAACAUCGUCAUUUCCCUUGGUGCGAUGCAAGUUGCCCGUCGGAUUCCAUUCGAUGACCCGGAGGUUCUGAACUAUGUGCGGAUAGGUUAUGUUACAAGUCAAGUCAUCAUCCUGGGUGCAUACUUCUUUGUUUCCUACAAGGUCAGGCAGAAGAAUGACCAGACCGUCUUGAAAUAUGUCGAUGCUCAAAAUCCCAUGUCGCCCGACUCUGGAGGACUUGUGACUACGACGGUCCGCGACUAUGACCUGUCCGAAACGUCGAAACUUCUUCGCGCUGCGUACUUUGGUGUCGCCAUGAUGGCCUUCUUCCAUCUGUACAUGAAGUACACCCAGCCUCUCUUCAUUCAAGCCCUCAUGGGUUUGAAGAAUCUAUACGAUGCAAAGCCUGUUGCUAUUCACAUUCUUGGGAAGCCUGCAGAAGGUGAUCUCAAGAGACCGUUCAAGGCUGCAUCAAUGUUCGGAGCUGCCGCUGGUCCUCAAACAGACGCAGCAUCAAUUACGGAAGCAGAAAAGAAGAUUGGUGCAAAGAAGGAGGAUUAG